GGUUUUAACAUGUUAAACAGUAAAAAUAACCUAGGCAUACAAUGUAAGAAUUUAAAUUAUAAACAUUCCAUUACUAUCAUUUAAGUCCAGUAUUGCAAAAAAAUGUUUAUUUGAGACAUGCCGUUGCGAUGGCGACGACAGACGUCAACAAAACCCUAACCUAAAUUCCCGAUGUCGACGAACCAAACCUGAACCGCAGGAUUUCCGUGCCCCGAAACCCGCCGCAACCAUGUUCCCGCCGCUGUGGUGGUUCUACUACAACUUCCUGCGGCCGGUGCUCAAGUGGUUCCUGCGCAAAACCACCGGCCUGUGCGAGCUGCAACGCAUCUGCUACGGCGAAAUCAGCGGCGCCCCCCGCAUCAAAUCGGUCGAAAACUCCUUGAGCUUGUCGCGGAGCGGCGAGAUCAAACAGCUGAUCGUGCACCUCAACGACAUUUCGGACAACAGGAGGUUCACCGGCGCCAACGAAAGGGAAAUACUGCGGGGCGCCGUGAGCACGGUGCUGCUGGUCAAGAAGAUCAAUCCGAAGGUGCACACCAGCUUCGUGUCGAGUUUCGGCAAGUGCAUCGAGCAGAUAUGGGGCUACAGGCAGCUGAUUGCGGAGGUGGAGAGCCUAAGGACGCAGGGUUUCGACUCCAACAACCAGGAGCACGAGCAAAAGCUGGUCAACCUGUGGCACAAGCUCAUGCCCGAUCAGCCGUUGGAGAGUCGAGUCACGCGACAGUGGCAGGACAUCGGUUUUCAGGGGGACGACCCGAAGACGGAUUUCCGCGGUAUGGGCAUGCUGGGGCUGGAGAACCUUCUGUUCUUCGCCACGGAGUACAACGGGCCGGCCCAACACGUCCUGUCUCAUUCCCAUCAUCCCAUUCAUGGCUAUUGCUUCGCCAUAGUGGGCAUUAAUCUGACGUCCAUGGCGUGGGUUUUGUUAAAGGACGGCGAGGCCAAGACGUACUUCUACAACACCUCCAGAAGCUUGCCAACGAUGAGGCUGUUCCAUCAGUUUUACAGCUACCUAUUUUACGAAUUCGAUCGCUUUUGGAUCGAGUGCAAGCCGAAAAACAUCAUGGAAUUUUCGAGCAUCAAGAGCAAAUUCGAGACCAACGUGCGGCAGAAUUUGCAAGAUCCCACAAGUGUCUUUCGUAUCGGCGUGACAGUCGAUCACGUUUGAUAAUCCCAAUUGUGAUACAGUGAUUGUUUGCGUUGUUUUUUGGUGUAUUUAUUUGUUGCGUGUAAUUCGAGGAAGUAUUGAAUAAAUAUUUGCACUGGUUUAUCUCUGGCUUUGAAGAUUGGUUGAUGAUUGAAGUUCAAAACAUCAAAUCUGCCAUAUAUGUGUAAUAGAUGUGUAUUAAUUUUAACAAGUGUGUUGAAUGUUUAUUGUAGGACAAUUAAGCUUGUAAGUUUACGGAAAUAAAAUAUUUUACAAUCAUUAAAA